CGCCAGCGACGAAACUCAUCGGUCGGCUUUUUAGCACUCGUCCUCCGCCUACUGAGUUCUUUGGAUCAAAAAGAUGUAUUAUUUUAAUUAUAUUCGACCAAAUUCCGUUUGCGCCCUUGGAGCAGGACCGAACGGGGGGAGGGGUGUGUGCGUGCGAGGGCGCGAGUGAAUGAAGGUGAUGGUUGUUAAUGUACUGGUUCUAACGGCCGACAGUUCGGACUGUUGGGCGCGCGAUUGUCGAACGCUAGGCACCUGUCGGCGCGCAUGCCGCGCCAUUCCCGCCCCGCCUCUAGUCCGUAACUAUUGGUUGCCUCUGAACGGAAACCUCACCCCCAACCUGGACUCUGUUUCUAUUGGCCGGCACCGUCUUGGCCCGCCCACCGCCUACCACCCUGCUUCUAUUGGCAGGCGGCCGGGGGCCGCGUUCCGUUGCGCGUGAACAUGGAGCUGCAAUCGGGGAAGGUGGAAGCAGCAAGGCGCCCGCAGGCCCCGCCGCGGACUGACUUCGCCUCGUCCCCUUUCGUUGCCGUUCAGCCGACUAGGAAAGCGGCUGUCAGGACGGAGCCGGCGAUUUGCUCUGCUGCUGCCGCAGCUGCCGUCGUUGGAGGUGGUAGCGGCGCCGUGCCGGCCUAUUGCGGCAACAGAGCGGGUGGCGACACGGCCACUUUCAUCGGGAGUGUGCCGGUCACCGUCUCCUUGGAGAAUUUUGAUGGUCAGCACAGAAUAGUAUGUGUGACGACAGACGCUAAUGGAGGAACAUUGUCCUAUGUUGGCCAGCUGAAUUCAGAUGUAAAUUUGGAAUUGCAGGCUGCAGGUGACACAAAAGAUUCAGCUAACUCUGGAAACAAAAAGGACGAGAUCUACUAUGAUAAAAUUCCUAAUGCUUUUACAGUUGCCCAGUCACCUCACAGUCGACCUCUAAAAGGGGUGAAAAGAAAAGGUGGUUGGCCAAAAGGCAAGAAGAGAAAACCUCAAAAAGAUUUUACUGCACCCCGGGCUCCAACCACAGGGUAUGUGUUAUUCCUGAAUGAACAGAGAGCCAAGCUGAAAAUUGAACAUCCAGAUCUCCCUUUUACAGAGAUUACAAAACUGUUGGGCACUCAGUGGUCGCAACUGUCUCAGGAGGGCAAACAGAAGUAUAUUGAUGAAGCAGAAAAAGACAAGCAACGAUAUAUUGAGGAGCUGAAAGCAUAUCAAAACUCAGAGGCUUAUCAAGCUUUCCUGAAAAGAAGGGCAAUGAACAAAGUAAAAAACCUAUGUGGUGUGGAGUCUCUGGAUACCGAAUUUGAAAGUGAGGCAGUUGUACUGUCAGAAAUUGGUGUAAGUAAAUUUUUUAUUUCAUUAAACGUGGCAUGUAACAAACACUACAUUUUUUAA